GUUGUUAUUUCAUAACUUUCGAGCGCUGACUGCAUAAUUAUAUAUACCAUCUAUCUAGGUGGAGGUGCCUUCUGCAAAUUCGCUAGGGUCUAUCAAUUUUGGUUUUAAAAUGGAGGGGCGUUCGGAUGAGCUCGACGUUCAACCUGAAGUUCGCGUGAUUGUAUGGAGUUUACCGCGCACGAUCUCGACCGUUCUUACGAAGUGUGUCAGCUUCGUUGACGGGAUCAACGUCCAUCUCGAACCGUACGGGUACGCACAUGCCUCUUGGCUCGGUUUACAAGGCUUUUCCCACCAAGAGCUACCCGUGACCUAUGAGGGCAACGAGGCCCUUUUCGAGCAGGCUGCUCAAAUCAUGGGAGAAUUCACAAAGUCCAAAGUUGAUCCCAAACGACUGCCGUUCACGACAGUCCAGUCUGAACUGGAGACUGCAACCGGAAAGUAUGUCUUCGUGAAGGACCAAUCACAUGCCAUGAUACCACAGUUCAGGCAAUUCCUUCCGAAAGGUUUCCGACACGUCUUUCUCAUUCGGGAACCUUCGGCAAUCUUCUCGUCUUAUCGGAAGGCGAUGUACAAGCAGGUCACCGGGUUGAAAAUGCUGGAGAAGUCUGAAGAGGAGUACGACAUUGUCGAAGAUGACGUCGUAGGGAUGCAGCCUUUGAACCUGUAUAAGAAUCAUCAUGACUUGUGGAAGUACGUGCAGGAGAAUUUCGAUCCGAAUCCUCUAGUGAUCGACGCUACUGACAUCCUGUCGAAUCCUUCAGACCACAUCAAGUGGCUUCUUCAGGCUAUUGGUCUACCUUAUUCGGACUCCCUCCUUCAAUGGCCAUCUUCUGUAGAAGCCCUAAAAUCCUGGAAGACACCCGGUGAAGGUAUUUUGGAGAGCCACAUCCACUUCUACGGCACGGCCAUGCAAAGCACGUGUUUCAUGCCUCCUCAUCCUGUACCCUCGCGAGAACAGCUGACCAGUGACGUCAUCAGAUGCGCGGAUGCUGCCACGCCAUAUUACCAAGAAAUGUACAAAGCUAGGUUAACUAAUGAUAAUAAUAAUAUUUAAUUUGUAUAUAGCGUUUAAAUGUCUCAAUUAUUGACCAUUAAUGAAAAGGAUAAUAUAACCUUAAACCUUUUAUCAAAAUAACAUUUCCUAAAAAGAGAACUUAAAAUUUCUUGGCAUUUGAUGGAAGUUCCUGAUAUUUUUUCAAAAAGCCUCUUACCUGAAAUUAUUUUGGGGCUGUUUAUCUUCCAUGAAUUGCCAGGGAGGCUAACUAAGACGUCUCUUGUCGCACUGAAAUAAAUCGUAAACCCAAAUUUUGCAAGAGAGCAUAGAGGGCAAAUGUUAUACGUAAUUCAGAGGUAAUUGGUAAAAUACACUAGCUAAACAAAUUGUUAAAAAAAGGAGAGAAUUAUCACCUUUUAAGGUUCCUGAAUGUCCUGAAAGUUCCUAAAAUCAAUUGAUUACCCCCAAAAUUACGCGAAGAAUAAUAGAAUUCCUUAAAUGUCGGGUAGUCUCCUUCUGUAGAAACACUGUCUUAACCAGUUGCUCCCGUAAUUAAAGUACUUUGAUACCGACCUAUGCUAAUGAGCAUUCGGUUUCAACUUUCUCAAUGCCAUUUAAUUUUCUCCAGAGACCAAUGUUAACGUUAUAGUUAUAGCUAACGUGUUACUAGUCUUUUAAUCGUAGUAAUAGGUGUGACAUUUAUCUCAAAUGGUAUUUGAUAUGUUAUCGACUCGAGAAAUAAUUGGUGCUAGCUUAAUCGUCGUACCGAUAUGCUAACAAGCCUUCACAAAAUAAUAUUGGAAUCGCUAGCCAGUCAAAACCUUUAAUUGAGGAGAUAGAUUCGGGAAACCGUUUUUAACGAUUUAUAAUUUUAGUUAAAAGCACUUAUAACAUCUGUGUGCACAUUUAUUUGUAAUACUUUCAUGAAUAUACCUAUGCAAUUCCUGUGACCAUAACAUUUUCAUACAUAUUUAACGUUUCUAAUAAAGCACGCGUGUAUGAAAUCACAGGCUUAUAUUAUUAUCCCUGGGCAACUUUUAGUACGGCGGCAUAGCACCGAAAUUUUGAAGAAAUCUGAACGUUUUUCUGAAGGCACCAAUCUCGGUACAGUUGUGAUACAUACGGAACAAUAUUAAAGAUAGAAGUACUUUCUAAAAAACGGCUUUAUAGGGUGACCCGAGUUUAAGAGCAAUUCUCUUGUUUGUAUCGUAUAAUACAAAUGGUAUGUUUGAGGGUGCUAUAUAUAGAGCUAUAAUG